CGUCGUGCAAGUCGAUGCCCGACCUUGGCCCUGCCCGGACGUCCGAGAGGAACAACAUGCAGCAUCUUCCGAGGCAGAGUUUAGAACUCGUGGUGGUCGGCACUUUUGUCGCACUGGGCGUAAUUAUCGGCCGCAGCACUACAGAUGCCAUGAAAUGGGAUGACCUAAGAGUGACCUGGGGAAUGCGCAAUUGGAAAGCAAGCGCGUUCGCUCAGAUGCCACUGACGGCGAAGCAGGCAGAAGAGAUGGGAUUCGUCCAACUGAACAGCCAGUGCGCAGGCACGUUUUAUGGCUUUCGCUUCAUGAAAGACAACGAUCCUUCAGUGGUGCUCUUAUACGACGUGAAUGGUGUCAUUUCUGGCUUGCAGUCAGGGUUUCAUGUGGAGAAUUCCAGGAUGCACCCUCGUUCUGGAUACAUCAUGGACACUGUGGCGGGCAGAGACAUACAAUUUCUCACAGUCUACUUUCUCCCACCUGAGCUGAUCUGUGCUCGUGGUCGCACACUUCGUGAGCUCGAAGAGGAAGGUGUCGGCUCGAACGUGUACUUGCAGCGGGAGACCGAGGCUCUGAGCCGACUGGUGUCGGCACCGCGCUACGACGAUGAUCUGCGUAACAGCUUGUGGGUGCGCGAGGCCUGCUACCCGGGCAUGGGGCGCCAUUACUUCUGGAACAUCACCGAGAACAUGGCGUGCGAGCACCUGUUCCCCGUAUACGUGACCUUCUUCCGUGGAGAGAUUGUCUCCUUUGGAUUCCUGCAUUCAUUGCCGCCUCCCUCGUCCGGGAGAUUCGAGCGAGUCAUCAAGGAGAACAUCGGCACCUACUUGCAUCGACCGCCCAAGUGCCUCGAAAAGGAGCUGGCGGCUCCCGGAACCCGUUUUUCUUCUCUGCACGUGUACCUCGUCAGCAAGCCAUGGGAGGUCACCUGUACGCAUGACUGACAAUGGAUGGCCACUUGACACUGCGAACGUUGUCGUGUACAAAACCACCGAUUAUGCAUACGUGCCGGCUGAAGAUAGCCGAUAUGUCUUACGCGUUGCAAGGAGCAGCCUAGUAACUGCACAGCUUAGAAAGCAUUUUUACUCACUAAUUUACGAUGGCGUCGCGUGCCUAAAGUUGACGGCCGGGGAAAAAAUCACGAGGCAGUGUCGGAGAACUCUCCUUCUCUCUUCUCAAAUCCGCUGCAAUUACCGAGGGGAUGGGAGCCCAUUUUCGCCAAGGUUACACUGUUAUUAGGUUGACCGUUUUCAUCAUGCCCCUAAAUGUUCCCUCCUUAAUUUUGGAAACUUGCUUCACGUAUGAAAGCAUAGACUUGCUUCGGCGGCAUCACCACAUUCAUGCAUGGGUAAGAAUGCGUCAUACCCCAUGAAGCGCUUUAUAGCCUCUGCGAAAAUUCGUAACGAUGCAAGGCAUCAUGGCGAUAAAAAUUGUUCUACGACUACCACGUGGCGACAGGGCUUCAGAUUUUUGUUUCCUAAUUGUCAAUACCUGGUUUUCAUUCGAGCACACUACAGAAUAACACCAUUUCGCAGCUGCCUGAUGGACUGGCCUGUUCGUAGCAUGCAACGGUUAUCGCUACUACAUUAGCGUUUACUGAUCACCAGCUACACAUGACUGAUAAGGAGAGGCUGUCGCUUGUUUUUACUCACUUCAACGCAAAGAUGCUUCUACAGUAAAGGACGUCAUGCGAUUAGAGGGGGAAAAAAUAAAACAUUUGCGGUCCUGCACUUUCUCGCCCAACGAAGAUAUCCUUCGACUGUGGAGUGAUCUAUUUUCAUUGUUUUAUGAAGUAGUGACGUGUGCGAGAAUUGCCGUGUGGCAAACGGGAAUUUCACAAUCGGCGUAAUGCUAGAGUAGUCGUAGCUACUUAUUUUCAUAUAAUUUGUUUCGUAAUGGUUUCGAUAAAACAAGGGUUACAGCCGUUUACUGCGACCCUACUCCCUCCGUAAAGAGCGAUGCAUUGACGGGAAUUCUGUAACUUGUACAGCUUCACUGUGAACUCACUAAUUAUGACAAGUAAAUAAAUAAAGCUCGGCGUAACGCUAGAGCCGUCCUAUCGACCAA